CACGGUCUUUGCGUCCUUCCGGCUUCGUCGUGGAAGAAGAACUGCGCGGCGUCUUCCUAGAAAAGAAGGUGCGCAGAGGGACAACCGAGGUGCCGGAUGUGAAGAAGAGCGGGAGCGGGAGCACUCCGAGCCCGAGCCUCCAGUUUCGGUCUCUGCGGCCUUUUCUUCCUCUCGGCCGCGGCGUGCGUGUGCCCUGAGCGCCGUCUGCGUUCGCCUCCGGCCCCUAGAGGUAUUGUGCCUGCAUUUUGGGACAAUUCCCGUUGCCUGCCAGAAGUGUCUUCGUGUUGGGCAUCCUCGCUUGUGCUUUAAGCCACAAAAAUCUGCACCCAAGCUUGUUUGACAUCUGCCCUGUCAAGUGUCCAUGAUGCUGGGCCCCGAGGGAGGUGAAGGCUUUGUGGUCAAGCUCCGUGGCCUGCCCUGGUCCUGCUCUGUUGAGGAUGUGCAGAAUUUCCUCUCCGACUGCACGAUUCAUGAUGGGGCCGCAGGCGUUCAUUUUAUCUACACUAGAGAAGGCAGGCAGAGUGGUGAGGCUUUUGUUGAACUCGAAUCAGAAGAUGAUGUAAAAUUGGCCCUGAAAAAAGACAGGGAAAGCAUGGGGCACCGGUACAUUGAGGUGUUCAAGUCCCACAGAACCGAGAUGGAUUGGGUGCUGAAGCACAGUGGUCCAAACAGUGCCGACACUGCCAAUGAUGGCUUUGUGCGGCUUCGAGGACUCCCGUUUGGAUGCACCAAGGAAGAAAUUGUCCAGUUCUUUUCAGGGUUGGAAAUUGUGCCAAACGGGAUCACAUUGCCUGUGGACCCCGAGGGCAAGAUUACAGGGGAAGCCUUUGUGCAGUUUGCUUCACAGGAGUUAGCUGAGAAGGCUCUGGGAAAGCACAAGGAGAGAAUAGGGCACAGGUAUAUUGAAGUGUUCAAGAGCAGUCAGGAAGAAGUUAGAUCAUACUCAGAUCCCCCUCUGAAGUUCAUGUCUGUGCAGCGGCCAGGGCCCUAUGACCGGCCUGGUACAGCCAGGAGAUACAUUGGUAUUGUCAAACAAGCAGGCCUGGAUAGGAUGAGAUCGGGUGCCUACAGUGCAGGCUACGGGGGCUAUGAGGAGUACAGCGGCCUCAGCGAUGGCUACGGCUUCACCACCGAUCUGUUUGGGAGAGACCUCAGUUACUGUCUCUCCGGGAUGUAUGAUCACAGAUAUGGAGAUGGCGAGUUUACUGUCCAGAGCACCACUGGGCACUGUGUCCACAUGAGAGGGCUGCCAUACAAAGCCACUGAGAACGACAUUUACAACUUCUUCUCUCCACUCAACCCCGUUAGAGUUCAUAUUGAGAUUGGCCCUGAUGGAAGAGUGACGGGUGAAGCUGAUGUUGAGUUUGCCACUCACGAAGAAGCCGUGGCAGCUAUGUCCAAAGACAGGGCCAACAUGCAACACAGAUACAUAGAACUCUUCUUGAAUUCCACAACAGGGGCCAGCAAUGGGGCAUAUAGCAGCCAGAUGAUGCAAGGCAUGGGGGUGUCGACCCAGUCUACUUACAGUGGCCUUGAGAGCCAAUCUGUGAGUGGCUGUUACGGGGCUGGCUACAGUGGCCAGAACAGCAUGGGUGGAUAUGACUAGUUUUGUAGGAGCUUUUGAGUUCUUUCAAAUUUUCACAGGCAGCAACAAGGCAAUGAAAAGCAGUUAUUACUCUAGCGGAACCGUUGGGACCCAUUUUGCACCAUGAGUUUGUGAAAUCUGGAUUAAAAAAUUACCUCUUCAGUGUUUUCUCAUGCAAACUUUCUUCUAGCAUGUGAUAUUGAGUAAACAAACUAUUUUCAGCUUUUCUCAACAUGUUGGUAGCUUCAGAGUCCUGUAAUCUUGAGUUAAAGUAGCUUUGAAUAUGUUAAAUGUGGAUCUUUUACACCACAUCACCAAGAACACAUUGGGGGGAGCUUUUUUGGUUGUUUUUUUUUUGGAGAACUCAAGGUGCUAGAUCCCUAAUUCAAAAAGGAACAUUUCUCGUGUUUGUUCAUUCUAGUUUAUUUUCAUUUAAAAUCUUUUAGGUUAAGUUUAAGCUUUUUAAAAGUUAGUUUUGAAAUUGAGACACAAUACUAAUACUGUAGGAAUUGGUGAGGCCUUGACUUAAACUUUCUUUGUACUGUGAUUCCUUUUUCGGUGUGAUGCUAAGAAAGUGUUGGUUUUUUGUUAACUAAAUUUUUUUCUUAAAAUAAAGAUUUUUUCACAAUAACUGGCACAGACUAUCUACUCACCAAAAAGCAAGAAAUGAGUGACUGAAGAAAAUUCAUUUUAACACUUAUGUGUGGAUUUCAAAAUAGCUUUGCACAUGAAAUUUGAUUUCCCUUACAUUCUUACAAUGAGGCUAAAUUAAA